AUGGCUACUUCUAAUGCUGGUUCAUAUUCUUGUCGUAAGCGAGCACUUAUCAUCGGCAAUAAUAACUACAGUCGAUUAGAGAGUAAACUUCGUCACUGCAUCAAUGAUGCUCAUGAUCUUAGUGAAUUACUCAAGACAAUUAGUUUCACAGUAACAACAUGUCACGAUCUGACUAAUGAAGAAACAGUUGCAGUCAUUCGCGAUUUUAGAAAUACGAUUGUUGAUGGUGACUUAGUCAUGGUCUACUUUUCUGGUCAUGGCUACCAAGUCAAUGGUAGAAACUAUUUGAUGCCCAUCGAUGAUGAUAAAAUUGAAACUGACGAAGAUGUGGAAGAUUAUGCUUUUGAAGUCGAGAAAACACUUGAGCGAUUGGCAAGUAGAAAUUCGUCGUACGUCACCAUCUUCAUUUUGGAUUGUUGUCGCCAAUAUUGGCCAAAAAAGGCAGCAAAAACAAAAGGCGAUAUGGGAAGAGGUCUCCAUAUGAUUGAUCCACCAGCUGGCACGUUUGUUCAGUUUGCUUGUGCUGCCAAUCAAACAGCUAGUGACGGUUUGGAAACAGAUCGAAACGGCGUAGCAGCCGAUGUUUUUCAGGAAAGUAAUCGUAAGCAGAAGCCAUUAGGCAUGAAUGGACUAUUACGACGUGGACACAUCUAUUUAAACGAAGUAACGAGUAUUGAUCAAGAAUCAAAAGCAACAACAAAUCGAGGUUCUUCAACCAUUGGAUACAAUAAAAAGAAACUUGAUCGACUAGAUAUAUCGGCACCAAUUCGAUCUACAUUGGUUCAUGUUAAUCAUGUUGGUACCAAAGAUUGUUUUUUUAAUAAUGAUGCAACAUACCAAAAAUUUGGAAAAUUACUAACUAGCAUGAAUCUAUCAGCAGAAAAUAAAUUAUAUACUCGAGAACUUGUAAAUACAGAUGACGGUUUACAUAAAGUUUUAGCGAAACCAGCAGCAUCUGUGGAUGAUGUUAAUAAUCAAGAACAACAACAACAACAACAACAAAAAAUUUCAAGUAGUUCACCAGAAAUUCAUUCACGUAGUUAUCGAAGCUUAGGUCAAAAUGAUGGUGCUCGUGCUCCACAUCGGCAAGCAUCUGCUGAGUUACCGGCUCAUAAUCCACCGAAUGGCAGUCGUUCUCAAUCAUUUCAAGGGACAUUUAAUCCAUCUAUUGGUCGUAAUCCACAACCAACUCCUACUAUUCUACCAAAACCAAGUAAUCGUGUAUCUCGUAAUACACAUGCGGUAGCACAAGCUCCACCGACUUCUUCACCACCGAUUCAACGAUCAUCGUAA